AUGGAUCGUAUCAGCGAUCUACCAGAUGAACUUAUUAGGCUAAUCGUGAGUUUUCUUGCUGCAAAGGAUGCUGCGUCUUUGUUGGUUACCUCAAGGAGGUUUAGGAAUCUCUAUACCAUCAUACCAGAUCUUGCGUUCGAUGACACAUCUAAGUUUCAGGGGACUUUCACGGAUUUCGUGAGUGAGGCGUUGGCUCGGCUGGAAACUACUACGCUCAUAAGGAGGUUCUCUUUAAAAUCUGAAAGUGAUCUUGAUCCAGAUCGUAUCAACCACUGGCUACGUGAUGUGUUGAAUCAUCGUGGUGUCAUGGUUCUUGAGAUGGGCAUAUAUGGUGAUAAUGGUUAUACGUUGCCUUUGGAGAUCUUCACUUGCAAGACACUCAAUAAGCUGAAACUAGGGCGGGAAAUUGUUAUUAGUGUGCUGCCUCAGAAUGCUUUGCUACCAAGCCUUGAGACUCUCGUUUUUGACUCUGUUCGGUUCUGUAACCCUGUUGAUUGUGCGUUGAAGGCGUUUCUUUCGGCUUGCCCUUACAUUAGUUUUGAUACUCCAAGUCUUGCCUACUUCGACUACUGUGAUGUUGUCCCGGAUGGGUAUACAAUUGUUAAUUUCGAGUCCCUUGUGGAAGCUAAGCUCAAUCUUCAUUUGAUGGCAAAUGAUGGUGAUAUCUUAUCUAGCAAUGCAACAAAUCUCAUUCAAGGGAUAAAAAAUGUCAAGAUCCUGCAACUCUCAUCUCCUCGUACUUGUGAGAUGCUUAACGUCUUCCGUGAUGCAAUUCCGGUAUUUGAAAAGCUACAUCAUUUAAGUAUGACACAUGAUAAUGUCCUUUCCAUAAGAUUCUGUUGGAGUCUUCUUCCCUUUUUGCUAAAUAAGGCUCCAAAUCUGAAGACCCUUGUUAUCCAGGAUGCCUUGCACUUUCCUAAAGAACCUGACUAUGUGUGCGAGUGUUUGUCGGGAUAUUCUUGUCUAUUGACAUGUCCUAUAGAGGUCUUGGAGAUAACUUUAUGGUAUGGCGGGACGACUGGUGAGUUGCAGCAAGUAAAACAUUUCUUAGCAAAGUUGCCACGUCUGGAGCUGCUGAAAGUUAAUACUUGGAGAUUUAUACGCAAUAGUGAGAAGUUAAGAAUCCAGACGGAUAUUCAAAUGUUUCCGAAAGCUUCACCAAACUUCAGGGUCCAGCUACUAUGCUCAAUGCAGUAUGAAGAACAACUUUGUUCCUCCUAG